GCCGCGCCGCGUGACGCCGCCGCCGCGGACAUGCGCAGCGCGACGCCGCUGGCCUGCGCUGCUCGCCACCGGCUCCACCCUCUCCCGCAGACGAAGGCAUGGCGAGCACCGAGACCAGGAGGGAGUGUGAGACCGACGGCUGCAGCCAGGACGCCAAGCUCCAGUGCCCCACAUGUAUCAAGCUCGGUAUUCAAGGCUCCUAUUUCUGUUCACAGGAAUGUUUCAAAGGGAGCUGGGCAUCCCACAAGUUACUGCACAAAAAAGCAAAGGAGGACAAGAACCAGAAUGAACCUAAUAAUUGUGUGGAGAAGGAUAUCAACACAGACCCAUGGCCGGGCUACCGCUACACAGGAAAACUACACCCUCACUAUCCUCUGACCCUCAUGAGGCACGUCUCUGCUGAAAUCCUAAGACCUGACUAUGCUGAUCAUCCUAGAGGAAUGUCUGAGUCUGAGCAGUUCCUUAAGGGGACGUCACAGAUCAAGAUCCUUUCUCCUGAGGACAUUGAAAGCAUGAGAGUUGUGUGCAAGCUGGCCCGAGAAGUCCUGGACAUUGCAGCCGUGAUGGUGAAACCAGGUGUCACAACAGAAGAAAUCGACCAUGCUGUGCAUCUGGCCUGUACAGCGAGGAACUGCUACCCCUCCCCUCUGAACUACUAUAACUUCCCCAAAUCCUGUUGCACAUCUGUCAAUGAAGUCAUCUGUCACGGCAUCCCAGACAGAAGAGAGCUACAAGACGGAGAUAUCCUCAACGUGGACAUCACCGUCUACCACAACGGUUUCCAUGGGGACCUCAAUGAAACCUUCUAUGUCGGAGAGGUGGAUGAAGGAGCAAAGACGCUCGUUCAGACCACAUAUGAAUGCCUUAUGCAAGCCAUCGACUCUGUGAAGCCUGGUAUCCGUUACAGAGAGUUGGGGAACAUCAUCCAGAAGCACGCCCAGGCCAACAGCUUCUCUGUGGUGCGGAGCUACUGCGGCCACGGCAUCCACAGACUGUUCCACACUGCUCCCAAUGUGCCACACUAUGCCAAAAACAAAGCAGUUGGAGUUAUGAAGCCGGGCCAUGUGUUUACCAUUGAGCCCAUGAUAUGUGAAGGUGGCUGGCAAGAUGAGACGUGGCCAGACGGCUGGACGGCGGUGACCAGAGACGGCAAGCGCUCGGCUCAGUUCGAACACACCCUGCUGGUGACGGAGACCGGCUGCGAGAUCCUCACCCGCCGCCUGGAGGAUAACGGACGCGCUCAUUUCCUGAGCCAAAUGUAGGCCGAUCAGAACACACCAAGGGAAAUGGACUUUGCGGACACAGACACACCCAGCACAUCUGGGUCUCACACACAGACACUCACACAUCUCAAACAAGAGGCACCCCUCCUAGAGCUCAGUGUAACUGUGGCUCCCAUUGUUCUGUGCAUUAAAUAUGGGUUCCUCAAACUAAAUGGAAGUACUUGAAUGUGUCUUAUAUCAAAUGUGGAUUGCUUUAUUAGUGAAAACUGUCUCUUUAGAAGGAAAUAUGAGAGUAUUUAUGAGAUCAUGCUUUGGUUCUUUUCUGUCAUCCUCUGCAAACUUGAUCAGACGUCCUCUGAAUUUACCAGAGAGAUUGAGAAGAAACAGCAGCAGUAGAGUCCCAGGAAACAGGGUCAGCAAGUCGCACAAGCUCAAUAAGUCAAAACUUAUGAGUUUGAACAAAGCACGAGGCUGAAAACCCUACUUAGCAUUUAUAAGCAGCACACCAUACAUAAUUUAUAACACACUGUGUGGAGUUGUAAGCAGAUGUAAGUAUUUAUUAAUGUGUUCAUCAACAACUACAACUCCUCCUGUGGGCAUCCACAACAAGAUGCUUGUGUUUAAACAGAUAAUGAAUGAAAAGAAAAAAAGUCUGAAUUAUUGACAAAUACUGUACAUUAAUAAACUGUCAUUUAAUUAGGUCAAGUGUUUCCACAAGUUCAGAUCUCAGUCAAAAACAAGUUUGAGUAAUUAAAGAAAUGUUUUCAAAUAGGUCUUAACACACGUGCUGGAAAAGUUUGACAUUUUCGGGAAUAGACUGCUUCUGCUUUCGUGCUGAAGAUUGAUACUCUUAUCUUUUUUGUUAAACAAGAUCCAGGAGAUGGUUAGCCUAGAUUAGCAUACCGACAGGAAAUAGGAGAGGCUGCUAGCUGCUCUGUCCAAACUUUAAAAAAAUCAUUAAUCAGCAAGGUACAUCAUCGUGAAGUGAAAAUAAACUGCAAUCUGUUGUCUUACCAGUGCUCAUGUGCACGUAACCUCUCGUGCAAACAGUUUGUCUUUUUAAACAAGUCACUCAUAUAAAAUGUCACUUGUAUCUGUGUUUUGGUGUCACAUGCAGAAAUGACAAUUUAUGCUUGUAUUACAGUAAAUUGAUUCAUUUUUCAACUUUGGUCUCGGGCACACUAGCAGUUUUCUCCAUUUCCUACCUUAUUGUGUGCUAGGCUAAGCUAAGUUAGCCAUCUCGGCCGUCAAUAUUUAAGGAACUGAUAUGAGUCCAACUUCAAACUUGUGCCAACGAAGCAAAUGGAUCCCAAAGUUGACCCAUCUCUUAAAAUAAUGAACAAAUUUGUAUUUAUUUUAAUGGGAAUAAUCAGCUUAUAUGUUGCUUCCUGGCAGCCUUUUGGUCACAGCACCAUGUCAACGUCAUAUCGACCUUUUUGAAGCAAUUGUCCCAUCCUGAAUAUGGUGAUUGUUAGUGCACAAGUAGUUGAAGGCAUCAGGCAUAUUUCCAUGGAGAUUUGUGACACAACCACAGUGUCUAGGCAGAUUUCACAGAAUAAGAAUAAAACACAGUUGAGCUCAGACCUUCAAGUGUUGAACUUGUUUCUCUGGUUUCUUGUCUGUUGUUGUUUCUGAACAGCCCUGGUGUAGCAAAUCGAGCCUUAACAUGUGUAUCUAGGAAUUAAAAAUGGUCACAUGUGCCCCGACACAUUAACUGAUGUUUCGCCUAAAAUCUCGAAAGUCACCAUUUACCUUGAUGUGGGGAUUUUUUCUCCUGGUGUGAGCGGAAUUCAUUAUUUCUACAUUUUCAGAGGACUAAUGUGAUCGCAUUCUCUGUUAUCUUUGUAUUUCUUCUAAAGGAGUAAUAAAUGACUCUUCUGUAGCUCUGUA